CUCACAAAAAUCCCCUGAGACUCACUCUCACACUAUUUCCCGCUCCAAGCCACUGCGAUUCCCAGCCCUCCAUUUCUAGGGCUUUGUUUCUUCCCUUGAAACCUCUCUCCAUACGGGAACUUCUAGGGUUUUUUUUUUUUUUUUUUUCAUACGCUUUCUUGCAGACCAAACAAAAUUGUUGCAGAAUACAUGGCUGCUUUUAGUGCACUUUCUAGCUGUCCGUACACUCUCCCUUACCGGCCAAAACCUAGCAACCGUUCCAUUUUGUGCCGUAUGGGCUCUGCUCCCACUUCUGUAGGUACAAGUGUAUCUAAAGUACCUCGCAAGAGAUCACGAAGAAUGGAAGGGGUUAAAAAAAGCAUGGAAGACUCUGUUCAGCGCAAAAUGGAGCAGUUCUAUGAAGGGUCCGAAGGCCCACCACUCCGUGUUCUUCCAAUAGGUGGUCUGGGUGAAAUUGGGAUGAAUUGCAUGCUUGUUGGGAAUUAUGAUCGAUAUAUUUUGAUUGAUGCUGGUGUCAUGUUUCCGGACUAUGAUGAGCUUGGUGUUCAGAAAAUUAUACCUGAUACCACAUUCAUCAAGAAAUGGAGCCACAAAAUUGAAGCAGUGGUCAUAACACAUGGUCAUGAAGAUCACAUUGGUGCGUUGCCUUGGGUUAUCCCAGCUUUGGAUUCCCAUACGCCAAUAUUUGCAUCAUCCUUCACAAUGGAGCUUAUUAAAAAGCGUUUGAAGGAGUUUGGAAUCUUUGUUCCAUCUAGGCUUAAGGUGUUUAGAACAAGGAAGAAAUUCAUUGCUGGUCCAUUUGAAAUAGAGCCUAUCAGGGUCACCCACUCUAUUCCUGAUUGUUGUGGAUUGGUUAUACGCUGUGCUGAUGGUACAAUUCUUCAUACUGGGGACUGGAAGAUUGAUGAGUCCCCCUUAGAUGGGAAAGUUUUUGAUCGUGAAGCUCUAGAGGAACUCUCAAAAGAGGGAGUAACUUUGAUGAUGAGUGACUCAACCAAUGUACUCUCCCCUGGAAGGACAAUUAGUGAGACUGUUGUAGCAGAUGCACUAUUGAGACAUAUUUCAUCUGCUAAAGGAAGGGUUAUAACUACUCAGUUUGCAUCAAAUAUACAUCGCCUUGGAAGUGUGAAAGCUGCAGCUGAUUUAACAGGCAGAAAGUUGGUAUUUGUUGGUAUGUCCUUGAGGACAUAUCUGGAUGCAGCAUGGAAGGAUGGGAAGGCACCAAUUGAUCCAUCGACAUUGGUGAAAGUGGAAGAUAUUGAUGCCUAUGCUCCAAAGGAUUUGCUUAUUGUCACAACUGGCUCUCAAGCAGAACCACGUGCUGCUCUGAAUCUUGCAUCAUAUGGAAGUAGCCAUUCCCUCAAAUUGAGCAAGGAAGAUAUAAUUUUAUAUUCAGCCAAGGUAAUCCCGGGUAAUGAAACUCGUGUAAUGAAGAUGCUAAACCGCGUAUCAGAGAUUGGAUCAACUAUCAUAAUGGGUAAGAAUGAGGGGCUGCACACUUCUGGUCAUGGAUAUCGUGGAGAAUUGGAGGAAGUACUCAAGAUUGUGAAGCCACAACACUUCUUACCCAUUCAUGGAGAACUCUUGUUCCUGAAAGAGCAUGAAUUGCUUGGAAAAUCAACUGGCAUUCGUCACACUACAGUUAUAAAGAAUGGGGAGAUGCUUGGAGUUUCACACUUGAGGAACAGAAGAGUUCUGUCUAAUGGUUUUAUUUCCCUUGGGAAGGAGAAUUUGCAGUUGAUGUAUAAUGAUGGGGAUAAAGCAUUUGGUACAUCAACUGAACUUUGCAUUGAUGAGAGACUAAGAAUUGCAUCAGAUGGUAUUAUCGUAAUCAGCAUGGAAAUAUUACGCCCUCAAGUUGUAGAUGGUGUAACUGAAAAAAGCUUAAAAGGGAAAAUAAGAAUCACCACACGAUGCUUAUGGCUUGACAAAGGGAAACUUCUAGAUGCACUCCACAAAGCUGCCCAUGCUGCACUUUCUAGCUGCCCAGUGAAUUGUCCUUUAGCUCACAUGGAAAGGACUGUGUCUGAGAUGUUGAGGAAGAUGGUAAGGAAGUAUAGCAGUAAGAGGCCCGAAGUUAUCGCAAUUGCUAUUGAAAACCCAUCAGCAGUUCUUGCUGGCGAGCUCAAUGCAAGACUAUCUGGAAAGUCGCAUGUUGGUUUUGGCGCAUCAGCACUAAGAGAAGUUGUUGAUGAAUAUCCUAAAAAGAGACGGAUGAACAGGAUGCAAGAGGAGGCAGGUGGCCAUAUACAGGUAGAGAACACUUCACAACAAGAUUUAAAAGGUGAUGAUGGUGUUGAAGUCCAACGAUUACUAUCUGAGGAAGAAACGAAUUCUUCAAGUUCCAAUAGUGCAGAAAUAUUUUCUCCCGAUUCUGGGGACACUGAAGAUUUCUGGAAAUCAUUCAUUGACUCAUCAUCACCUGUUGACCAAUUAAUGGAAGGCAAAAUCAGUUUUGUUCCACAAGGCUAUCCAAUGGAGCUCAAGAAAGAUUCUGAAAUCAGAGAAGUUGACUCUUCUGAAGUGCCAAAAUCUCAACCGAAGUCUCCCAAGCCCAUGAAACGAAACAAAUGGAAACCUGAAGAGGUUAAGAAACUUAUUAGCAUGCGUGGGGAAUUGCAUAGCAAAUUCCAAGUUGUGAAAAGGCGAAUGGCUCUCUGGGAAGAGAUAGCUACAAACCUGUUGGCUGAUGGAAUCGAUCGAACUCCAGGGCAGUGUAAAUCCUUAUGGACAUCUCUGGUUCAGAAAUAUCAGGAAAUCAAGGGUGAUAAGAAAAGCAGGAAAAGUUGGCCACACUUUGAGGACAUGAAUGAAAUUUUAUCUGAUUUAGAGACAAUGGCACCAAAAUGAGUGGAAGAAACAACUCGCCUCAGAAUCUUUUUUGAAGAGCUUUGGUCAACAAUAUCUAAUGGAAUGAAAGGCUUGGAUGACUAUGAAAAACAUGAUGCCUUGAUCAGAAACAGAUUUUGUAUCUGGCACCAAUAUGGAAGGCACAAACAAGAAAUGAAUUGAUCUUGUAACCCUUAGCUCCACUAUAAUUUGGUCUAUCAGAUGGACCAGGACGUGGAUUUUCCAUCAUGGAUAAGUUUCUUCCUCUUGCUUUGUUUUAUAGAUUUUUUGUAGUAUAGGAAAUUUUAUCCGGGUUUUGGGCCAAUGUUUACCAGGUUGGGACAGAUCAGAAGUUUCCCCAUUGUUUCCUUGGAUUUUCCUUUUUGAUAAUGAAGUAUAUGGAUUCCAAAA